CAGCGGGUCACAUGCUGCUGUAUUUUAGAAGGAAUUUUGCACUGAGCUGAUAAUGAGACUCGGAUCUGCUUUUCUCUAAGUGUUGACUGCAGGAGAACCUCUGGUGUGGUGGUGCUGUGUUCUGUGUUGGGUUACACACAGCAGGUUUUGUCACUGACGUGGGAAAUGUCAAGUACAGCCAUGAAGAAAAAGGUGUUGUUGAUGGGAAAGAGUGGGUCGGGGAAGACCAGCAUGAGGUCAAUCAUCUUCGCCAAUUAUAUCGCCAGAGACACACGCCGUCUGGGAGCCACAAUUGACGUGGAGCACUCGCAUGUGCGCUUUCUGGGCAAUCUGGUGCUGAACCUGUGGGACUGUGGAGGACAAGACACAUUCAUGGAGAACUACUUCACCAGUCAGAGAGAUAAUAUAUUUCGGAACGUAGAGGUGCUCAUCUACGUGUUUGAUGUGGAGAGCCGGGAGUUAGAGAAGGACAUGCAUUAUUAUCAGUCCUGUUUGGAAGCCAUUCUUCAGAAUUCACCAGAUGCCAAAGUCUUCUGCUUGGUGCACAAGAUGGACCUGGUUCAGGAGGAUCAAAGAGACUUGAUCUUUAAAGAACGUGAGGAUGACCUGAAGAGACUCUCCCGCCCGCUUUUAUGCACCUGCUUCAGAACCUCCAUUUGGGAUGAGACCCUGUACAAGGCGUGGUCCAGCAUCGUCUACCAGUUAAUCCCUAACGUGCAGCAACUCGAGUCCAACUUGCGUAACUUUGCUCAGAUCAUCGAGGCUGACGAGGUUCUACUUUUCGAACGAGCCACUUUCUUGGUGAUCUCACAUUAUCAGUGUAAGGAGCAGAGAGACGCUCAUCGCUUUGAGAAGAUCAGUAACAUCAUUAAACAGUUUAAACUCAGCUGCAGUAAACUGGCAGCGUCCUUCCAGAGCAUGGAGGUGCGCAACUCUAAUUUUGCUGCCUUCAUCGAUGUGUUCACCUCCAACACCUACGUCAUGGUGAUCAUGUCCGAUCCCUCAAUACCCUCUGCUGCCACUCUCAUCAACAUCCGCAAUGCCAGGAAGCAUUUUGAGAAGCUGGAGAGGGUGGACGGCCCCAAACACAGCUUACACAUGCGCAUGCGUUAAACAUCUGCACCGUCUCCUCGAAAGGUCUGCUUGCUGGGAGAAUGGCAACCUGGUGGCUUCAGAGCAUCCAGCGCUUUCCUACACUCGUUACCAGGAAAUAAAGUCGCACCUGUUUCUCCUGUGACUCCUUCAUCAAUUCAUACUGGUUUUAUUUCAGAACCAAGUCUGAACACAAAUGUCAAAUCAUGUCAGAUCGAAGGGGUUUGGGAUGAAAUGCUAUAAAAUGAAAUAUUUUUUAAAGAAACGCACCUUUAAAAUGUCCCUUAUAAUAGAAUCAGUGCCAUAUAGAAAUCUUACACAUAACCUGGACACUUCUGUCCUAUCUUAUUUCUUUUUUCCUUUUUUUGGGCUUCGUAUUUACUGAGAUUUUGCAAGUGUUGCAAACGAAACAAAACGUCUGUUGUGUGCAAAAUGUUGUUUAUGAAGAACUUGAAAACCACAUUCUCUCUAAACAAGUCACAGUUGACCUUUAAAGCACAUGCUUUUUUUUUUACACAAAAGCUGUUUGUUUUUCCCUAUUUAUUAUCUCAGCAAUGGCAGAAUUAAAAAAUAUAUAUAUAUAAGAAUUAAUGGUUUGUGCAUCGUUUUGGUACAGCAACAAAUAAAUACAGAUUGAGAUGCUGUUUAGUCUAAUACAAUCAAUGCAUUUAGUUUUCAACAAGGUAUUUAAACACAGAUUAUAAAAUCCCAGAGAAACACAUGAGCGUACACUAUAUGGCCAAAAGUAAAUAAAUUCCCCCUCUAAUUAUGCAUUGUAAUUGUUUUGGCCACACCCAUUGCUAACAAGUGUAUGUAAAUCAGUCAUAUAAAAUAAUUGAUAAGCUUCCAACUUUGUGGCAACAGUUUGGGAAAGGCUUUUUGUUUCCAGUAUGAUUCCCGUGUGUCUGGUGCACAAAGCGACGCCCAUAAAGACUUGGUUUGAUGAGUUUGGUGUAAGAGAACUCCUGAUUGCACAGAGCCCUGACCUCAAUCGCACUGAACACACCUCUGGGUCUAUUUGGAAUGACAAAGAUCUUUUCACUGAUUCAAAAUCUUGUGAGAAGCCUUGCUUUACAGUGUAAAAUAGGUGGUAACUCCAUCUCACUGUAUGUAGUUUUGGAACUGGAUCUACAACACGCUCAUGGUCAUGUGGCUAUAUCGUUUAUUAUUGUGUAAUUACAGGCUGACGAGUGUGCUAGAAUGUAAUGUGCCCAGAAGCUAAUUUGGACUAUUUUAUAUUCUUAAAAGAUAAAUCGAUUUUGUUAUUUCAGACCAUUUGCUGUUCAAUGCAGUUGCAACUAUUCUGUAAUGUCAAAACUGUGAGGUCCGUCAUAAUAAAAUAUUGUUUGUUGUUAA